AUGAGCAAGGAGGUGCGGAGGAGCCUGACGCCCCUGUUCUUCCACCUGCACGACGAGGACCACAGCGUAGCUCAGCCCCCCGCUCUCGCUCUGCCCAGGGACCGCCAGGUCCUGGCCCCUGGGCGGCAGUGCCAUCUCCCAGUCUCUGGUGCUCUGCAGGCCUCUCGGGAAGCCCUCCUUGGAGCUGCCAAGCUCCUGAAGCGGAGGCAGCUCCGGAAGCUGCUGGAGACGGAGCAGACCUGGAGGGUUGCUGAGUGCCUGCCGGCGGAGAACAGCAGCAGAGCGGAGGAGUACCUGGACCAGAGCCUGCCGUACCUGCAGAGCCCACAGGAACCCUUGCGCGAGGCAGCCGUCAGGUUCCUUGGGCUCGCUGGGCAGCGGCUGAGGGAUGGGCACCAGGAGAAGCUGCAGGUCAUCUACGAGGCCCUUCAAGGCAAGGCGAACGACAGCAGCCCCUCGGUCUCUUCCCUGGCGCUUCAAACCCUGCGGAUGCUGGGCACUGCGGUGGAAGAGCCUCCCUCCGGAUUCAGCCUGCGAGCGCUGCGCUACCGGUUCCGGAGCGCAUGGAGGAGGAUGACCCGUGCCCUGGGAGAUGGCUGGCUGUGCUGCCGGAGCUGUGUGCAGAGCUGAGCCCGGGGUGCUCUGCACGCUGGCUCCACCUGAGCAGCUGGAGCUGCCCGCUUGCCAGCAGCCCAGGGCCGUGCAGGACACACCACCGCACCCUGCGUUGCCCAGCCCUCUCCAGAUCCCGGCCUGGAUGGGCGCCCGCACUCCCCAGCACUCCCGUUUCAUGGGGAAGCGGACGGGAGGGCCACGGCCCGCGG